AUGAUGCCCACGCCCCACGUUUACGGUCACCACCAAUUUAACCCACAGGCUGACGCUUCUUGGAUGCACCAGCCCCCGGGCCAUCACCAACAUGCCCAGCAGACCGCUGCCGCCGCAGCGUCAGCAGCGCAACAGCAACACUACAACCGCCUUGCUGGUGCUCACAACAAUGUAGCCUCGCUUGCUAGUACACAUGGUCAGGAUACGGGGCACGAAAACAUAUCCGAAGACAACCGACGCACAAUGGCCUACAUUGCUGAUCUAUUGAAUGAAAACACGCGUGAGGCGGCUCUGCUCGAGCUGAGCAAGAAGAGGGAGCAGGUUCCGGAACUGGCCUUGAUACUAUGGCACUCGUUCGGUGUCAUGACAUCGUUGCUUCAAGAGAUCAUCUCCGUCUACACCCUCUUGAAUCCGUCUCAACUCACUGCAGCCGCAUCGAACCGCGUUUGCAAUGCUUUGGCUCUCCUCCAAUGUGUUGCCUCCCACAAUGAUACUCGUAAUCUUUUCUUGAGCGCACACAUUCCUCUUUUUCUCUAUCCUUUCCUUAACACUACAUCUAAGUCCAGGCCUUUUGAGUACCUCCGCCUGACCUCGCUCGGUGUAAUCGGGGCUCUCGUCAAGAACGAUUCCUCCGAGGUCAUCAACUUCCUCCUGACGACCGAGAUAAUCCCUCUCUGUCUUCGUAUCAUGGAGACAGGCUCGGAGCUAAGCAAAACAGUGGCCAUCUUCAUUGUUCAGAAGAUCCUGUUAGACGACAGUGGGCUAAAUUACAUUUGCGCUACGUACGAACGCUUCUACGCAGUCGGUACCGUUCUCAGCAACAUGGUCGCUCAGCUAGUUGAGCAGCAGACAGCUCGUUUGCUGAAACACGUCGUUAGAUGCUUCCUUCGAUUGAGCGACAAUGCCCGGGCGCGCGAGGCUUUGCGGCAGUGUCUUCCCGAGCCGCUCCGUGAUGCCACAUUCUCCAACGUUCUUCGUGACGACGCAGCUACGAAGAGAUGUCUAGCCCAGCUACUUAUCAAUCUCUCCGACAACGUUGUCGAGUCGAACACAGCGAGUCAUGUAGGGCUAUGA